CUCUGUCGCUUCUGCCCCCGGCCCCGUCCGCUUCAGGCGCGGAGCCCCGGGCGCGCCGCGUGGGCACCCGGGCGCACAGACAUGGGCAGACGCGCCAGAGCGCGCUGGGCGGUCGCGGCGCUGGGCUGUGCGGGGCUGCUGUGCGCUGUGCUGGGCGCCGUCAUGAUCGUGGCGGUGCCUUCCAUCAUCAAGCAGCAGGUCCACAAGAAUGUGCGCAUCGACCCCAGCAGCCUGUCCUUCAACAUGUGGAAGGACAUCCCCGUCCCCUUCUACCUCUCCGUCUACUUCUUCGACAUCGUCAACCCCAGCGCGAUCCUCCAGGGCCGGCAGCCGGAGGUGCGGGAGCGUGGGCCCUACGUGUACAGGGAGUACCGGCACAAGACCAACAUCACCUUCAAUGACAACGACACGGUGUCCUUCCUCGAGUUCCGCCACUUCAAGUUCCAGCCCGACAAGUCCAGCGGCCUGGAGAGCGACUACAUUGUCAUGCCCAACAUCCUGGUCCUGAGUGCGGCGGUGAUGAUGGAGGACAAGCCCAUGAGCCUGAAGCUGCUCAUGACCUUGGCGUUCUCAACCCUCGGCCAGCGCGCCUUCAUGAACCGCACAGUGGGCGAGAUCAUGUGGGGCUAUGACGACCCCCUCGUGAACAUCAUCAACAAGUACUUACCAUCCAUGUUCCCCGUGAAGGGCAAGUUCGGGCUGUUUGCUGAGCUCAACAACUCCAAUUCCGGCCUCUUCACCGUGUUCACGGGCAUCAAAAACUUCAGCCGGAUCCACCUCGUGGACAAGUGGAACGGGCUCAGCAAGGUCAACUUCUGGCACUCGGACCAGUGCAACAUGAUCAACGGGACGUCCGGGCAGAUGUGGGCGCCAUUCAUGACGCCCGAGUCCUCGCUGGAGUUCUACAGCCCCGAGGCCUGCCGGUCCAUGAAGCUUGUCUACCAGGAGGCGGGCGUGUUCGAAGGUAUCCCUAUUUAUCGCUUCAAGGCCCCCGACACCUUAUUCGCCAAUGGGUCCGUCUACCCCCCCAACGAGGGCUUCUGCCCGUGCCUGGAGUCUGGAAUCCAAAACGUCAGCACCUGCAGGUUCAACGCCCCCUUGUUCCUGUCCCACCCACACUUCUACAACGCCGACCCCGUCCUGGCAGACGCGGUGCUUGGCCUGCACCCCAACGAGAAGGAGCACUCCCUCUUCCUGGACGUCCACCCGGUCACAGGAAUCCCCAUGAACUGUUCCGUGAAGCUGCAGCUCAGCCUCUACAUCAAGUCCAUCAAAGGCAUCGGACAAACCGGGAAGAUCGCGCCGGUGGUCUUGCCGCUGGUGUGGUUUGAAGAGAGAGGAGCCAUGGAGGGCGAGACGCUUCGGACAUUCUACACGCAGCUGGUGCUGAUGCCCAAGGUGCUGCACUACGCCCAGUACGUCCUCCUCGCCCUGGGGAGCCUCCUGCUGCUCAUCCCUGUCGUCUACCAGAUCCGGAGCCAAGAGAGAUGCUAUUUAUUUUGGAGUAGUAAUAAAAAAGGCUCAAAGGAUAAGGAGGCCAUGCAGGCUUACUCCGAAUCCCUGAUGACACCAACUGCCAAGGGCACGGUGCUGCAAGAAGCAAGACUGUAGGGUCCCAAAGACGCCAAGAGCCAGCCCAGCCCUGCCGCUCCGCCAGACCAGCUCCCCAGCCCCUACACCCCACUUCUGCAGGACCCCCUCAGCGGACAGCCCACCUGUCCCAAAGCCUGAGCCUCCCAGCCGCUG